UAUUCCGUUUUGAGAAGCCGAUGGAUGGUGGACAUAUCGUUAAGUUUCUUGAGAGUCCCCACCUUGGGUUCAGUUACUUAGGUCAAAUGCAUCGAUGGUUUGGUUAGAUAUGGUGCUAUUUUCGCAGGUCAGGUGAGCAAGCCCCAACUUACAAACACAUCAAUCACCUCAUCUUUCGUCUUCAUCCAGAUUCCGUGCUUUGAAUCACAUGGUGCUACCUUAGACACACCACACGUGCACCACCACUCCUAUAGUUGCUAACUCCCCACGUCAAAACUCCCAUUAGCUUCAUGCGGGGAACAGUUCAACCUUCCCUUCAGAUAUAAACGAAUCACGCGUGAGCGUGAAGGAGAUGCACAAAAAAACGUCGGCUUUGUGUGUGCUGCCUAUUAGCCUGAAGGCAAGCAGGAGCAAUGGACCCGCGGGGAUUGGGUUAGCACUGUGGUGAUAUCCAUGGCAGGCAGCAUCUGAGAGAUUAUAUUCAAAGGGGGAGGAAGAAUUGGGCACCAAGCAACUAAAUGUCAUGCGACACAGCUUUCAAUGCUCAGUCAUUGCAACACAACUAUACCUAGUCACCAGCCAGCAUCUUUGCCAAACAAGGGUUGCAUUGUCGGUAUGUGGGGUGCAGAAAGCUUCUGUAGAAUGGGGACGGCGAGGGUGGCCGCAUUCAUCAGGUGUGGCUGCCAUUUGGAAUCAAGGAUGCGGGCGUGCAGUGUAGGUGGUGAUGCUGCUGGGCUGCAGGGGCAGCAGCUGUGGGCAAGGGGCAAGCGGACCGUGGCCGUGUUGGGAGGCGCUGGAGGCAUAGGGCAGCCCUUGAGUUUGCUCCUGAAGCUCAACCCUCUGGUAUCGGAUUUGAGGCUGUAUGAUGUUGCCGGCACUCCCGGUGUGGCUUGUGACCUCAGCCAUGUCAAUACUCAAGCAACAGUGGAAGGAUACGCGGGAGAUGCGGAACUUGAAAAAACAUUGAAAGGAUGUGAUCUUAUUAUCAUCCCUGCUGGGGUGCCUCGCAAGCCCGGCAUGACCCGUGACGAUUUGUUCAACAUCAACGCCGGCAUCGUCAAGAGUUUAAUGAUCGGCAUCGCCAAACAUGCUCCCAAAGCAUUGGUGAACAUCAUCAGCAAUCCCGUCAACUCCACGGUGCCGAUUGCUGCUGAGGUGCUUAAAAAAGCUGGGGUAUUUGAUCCCAGGAGGCUGUUUGGAGUGACAACGCUCGAUGUGAUGCGUGCUAGGACUUUCUAUGCCGCCAGGAUGAAAACUCCCGUCAAAGAUGUGGAUUUGCCUGUCAUUGGUGGCCACGCGGGAAUAACAAUUCUUCCGUUGUUAUCACAGGUUAAACCAAAGAAGAAUAUGACAGAAAAGGACAUUGAUGCUCUAACCAAGCGGAUUCAAGAUGGCGGAACAGAAGUAGUGCAAGCCAAAGCUGGAAAAGGCUCUGCCACUUUAUCAAUGGCCUUUGCUGGAGCUCUCUUUGCAGAGGCUUGUAUAAAAGGCUUGGAGGGUGAAAAAAAUGUGGUGGAAUGUGCAUAUGUAAAGUCAGAUGUUGUCAAAGGCAUACCAUUUUUUUCAUCAAAGGUACAAUUGGGACCCAAUGGCAUAGAGAAAAUAUUAGGUUUAGGAGAGCUCUCGGCUUAUGAGCAAAAGGCUUUGGAGGCCAUGAAAAAAGAGUUAUUGAAUUCCAUUACAAAAGGAAUAGAUUUUGUGAAAAAAUGAUUAGAAAAAAACGUUUGCAAAUUGUAUACACAUUUAAAUCCAUGGUAUUCAAUAUAUUACAACCAUUCUUUUUGUCCAA